AUGUCGGUAAGCGCUUCUAACUAUGCCACCAAUAUCGCAUCCUCCCAACCUCCCAGCCAGGCGACGUCACAACCUGCGAACCUUUCAUCCCCUCCUUCCUCAGCUCCGAUGUCUACGCAGACCUCACAACAGCCGACCCUAGGUGCAACGAAUUCUUUUCCUACUCCGGCCAGCAGUGUGAGCGGCCACUUCAUGGGACCGACUUCCGUCGAGGAUUCAGAGCACGCGGGAACAUCAUUUGAGCAUGUGCAAGCAGACUCAGGCCUGCAUUCAUCAUCUACACAACAGUCAGAGCACAGACGGACCGAUCACGAUCGGGAGUUGGAAGGGCCAACUCCAGGGAUAGAUGUCCGCGAUUUUGCAAGCGUGGGCGUCCCGCAUACGCGCAGCGAUACAGAUGCCAUGGAUGUUGACAAGGACAUCAACGCUUCCUCUAAAUCCGAUGGACUGAGCCUAGAGUCCCUGCAGCAGGAUUUCUCUUCCGCAUUCCAUCUUUGCAAAAGCUCCCAUAUUGCGACCGGCCCGGACCCAGCGCUAGAUCUCAUCUCACUUUACGGUCUAGGCCCGGUUGCGAAAUCGGUUGCAAGGAUGGAUCCUGUCACGGGGGAGAAGAUCAACAGGCUCAGGAAGUCUUAUGAGGGCAAACUGAAGGGGCUGGGGCUCGCAGGGAGAAACAAACCCGUGAAGCACGACCCCUCUGCUCCUGGCGGGCUCCGACAUCUGACCAUGUGGCCCGAGGAGGAAUGGCAGAACCAGAAGGUUUAUGGAAAGGAAAUUAAGGUCGCCGACAUUGAUUCCGCAUUGCAUAAUCUUCAGAUGAAGGCGAUGCAGAUGGAGCCGGGCACAGUUCCAAACAACGAAUACUGGGAGGACGUCUUGGGUCACGAGAAGCCAUCGAAACAUGCGGGCCAUGGGGACGGAAAGAAAUCAGCUACACUUCCUAAUACCGCCCGAUCGCCUAGCCAAGCGAAUGAUACACCUCUUCCUACGGAGCCGGAACGCGCUCGCCCCAGUCGCGGGCGCAAGAGGCAUUAUGACGACAACAGCUUCGUCGGGUAUGGCGAAGGCUACGCCGAUGACGAUGAUGACACCGCAUUCUACUCCAACAGUGAAGGAAUUGGAAAGAAGAAACGAAAGAAGGAGCAUGUUUCAAAGGUUUCGACUCCGCUGCCCGAUAGAGGCGGUAGCUACGGCGUCGGUAUGUUUGGCAUUGGAGCGAGGUAA